GGGACAGCCUGGCUGGUAACAGGGUGAUCAGGAGAGAGUGAGUGAGUGAGAGUUUGACAGAACUUCUACCAGGUGAAUCUCUCACCCAGGGAGGUAGCACACUGUGACAGCGGUAUCAACCAGACUCUGACAGAGAAUUGGAAGAAAGUCAUGUAUCUACCCAGGCCAGAGAACCAGCCGUAAAAGACAAAAGGCGGUCUCCCCCUUCGGACAGGCCUCCCACCUCCCCCCACGCCAACCCUCACCACAGUGCCUCCCCAGAGGACCAGGAGAGCCCGGAGAGAGUGGUUCAGAAAGAGAAACUGCAUGCAGAGCUGAAGCAGGUGCUGAGUCUGAAGAGAAGUCACCUGAAAGAGUCGUCUCGUUUGGCCCAAGCAGAGAUGGAUUCCUCAACAGAGGUCCAAGCAGUGGAGGAGACUGCAUCUGAGGAGGUGGAGGUUGUGGUAGAGACAGAGGCUGAGGCUGGAGCCAGUGGCUACAGUGUCACAGGUGGAGGGGAGCGAGGCCUCUUCAUUAAGGAUGUCCUUAAAGACUCCACUGCAGCAAAGCAUCUUAGCCUCCAGCAAGGAGAUCAGUUGCUCAGUGCAAGAGUCUACUUUGACAACGUGAAGUAUGAGGAUGCCCUGAAGAUCUUGCAGUGUGCAGAGCCUUAUAAAGUCUCCUUUUUCCUGAAGAGGACCAUCGCCGGCGCUGAUGUCACCUUGCACCCUGGCACCACCAGCUUGGAACUGAAAGGACCCAAAACCAAGAUGCAGAAAAUGAGUGUCAAGAGCAUCAAACCUUUCAAAGCGAAGAAAAAGAGGGGAGGACGUUUUGGAUUGAAAAGGCUGAAGGAAAACAAGAAAGGGAGCACUGGAGCAGAGUUGGAGAUGGAGGGAUUGCCUUCCAAAGUGGAGCUCAACCCUGUCGACGUGGAGUUUGCCUUCCCCAAGUUCAAGCUGAGGAAGGAUGGGAAGGCAGAGGGAACUGAGCAGCAUGGAGGAGUGGUCGCCACUGGCAGGAAGAAGAGGAUGAUAAGGUGUCCCAGGAUGAACGCAAAGGGUGCUGAGGUGGCUACAGGGGAAGUUGACAUGACGCAACCAGAGGGACAGGCUGACGUCUCCCUGCCAGACGUGCCUGGAGCUAAGGUCAAAGUCAAAGGAAAGGGCCACAGGUUCGGAAUUCAUUUCCCUAAAACAAAAAAGACAACAUCGGACACUGCCUUGUCUGAAGGGUCUCUGGAGCUGAAACCUCCAGAUGUAAAAUUCGCACCACCCUCAGUGGAAUUCAGUUCGCCAUCUGGAAACAAGGAAGUCAACCUACAGAAACCAGAAGUGAAAGUCAAGGAGGGGUCAAAGUUUAUGCACCGAGAGGUAGAGCUUUCACUAGGACUCCCCUCAGCCCGACCCUCUGAUGAAAUUGACGGUGAGAUAAAAGCAAAAGGUUUAGCUGAAGGAGUUGAAGGGUCAACAGGCCUGUCUGGCAUUAAAAUGGCAGCUAUUGACAUCUCUGCACCCAACAUCGAUCUGCAGCUGGACACCCGGAGUAGAGUGCCAGACGAGAUAGAGGGACCCUUUUUUAAAGGGCCAAAUAUAUCCAUGCCAAAAACUGACAUCUCACUACCAAAGAUUGGAUCAUCUGAUAUGGAUAUUGAAGGUCCAGAAAAGGGUGGAAAAAUAAGCCUACCAGCUGUUGACAUUUCACUGCCAAAGAUGACAUCAGGAGAAGCAAAUGUUGAUGUGGAAGGACACAUUGGAAAGGGAGGCAAGUUCAAAACGCCAACUUUCGAUGUUUCUCUUCCAAAAUUCAAGUCUUCAGAGGAGGACAUGAAUAUAGAGGGGCCUGAAGUCAAAGGAGAGUUCAACAUGCCAAAAGUUGACCUUUUACGCCCGAAAGGUAAAGCGGGAGGUGAGGUGGACAUUGAAGGAUAUUUAGGAAAAGGAGGUACAUUUCAGAUGCCCACAUUUGACAAUUCUCUACCAAAAAUGAAGUCAUCAGACAGAGAAAUGAAUGUAGAAGGACCUGAAGUGAAGGGUGGCAAAAUUCAAAUGCCCUAUGCUGACAUAUCUCUCCCUGAAGGAAAAACAGAGGGGGAAAUGAACAUUGAGGGACAUUCUGGAAAAGGAGGCAAGUUCAAAAUGCCCUCGUGUGACGUUUCUCUUUCUAAAAUGUUGGGCAAUGCUAGUUUCGAGGGGCCUGAAUUGAAAGGGGGAAAGUUAGAAAUGCCCACACUUGAUAUUUCCCUUGCCAGAGGAAAAGCAGAGGGUGAAGUCAAUAUUGAUUCAAAUGUAGGAAAAAAAGGAAUGCUCAAAACGCCCACAAUUGGCAUUCCUCCUCCAAGAAUGAGGUCGUCAGGAACAGAAGUCGAUGUAGAAGGGCCUGAUGUAAAAGGAGGAAAGUUCCACAUGCCACAAGUAGACAUUUCACUUCCCAAAGGAAAAAGCAAAUUUGACAUUGAGGGAAAGUCAGAAAAAAGAGGGAAGAUUGAAAUGUCAUCAUUUGAUGUCUCACUUCCAAAAAUAAAGUCAGCAGAGGGUGACAUGAAAAUAGAAGGAUCUGAUGUGAAAGGCAUCACAUUUCAUAUGCCCACUAUAGAUUGUUCACUUCCAACAGGAAAAACAGAAGUUGACAUCAGUGUAGAAGGAGAAGCAUCUAAAGGCAGAAAGUUUCACAUGCCUUCGCUUGAUAUUUCUCCUCCGACAGUGAAGUUCCCAGAGGGUAAAGCGAAAGUAAAAGGCCCUGAAAUCAAAGGGGGAAAGGUUGAGAUAACAAAUAUCGAUAUGUCCCUUCCAAAAGGCAAAACAGCGGGAGAAGUUAACGUUGAAGGCCAUGUCAGUAAAGGGGGAAAGUUUAAGAUGCCCAAAUUUGGCAUUUCUUUCCCAAAAUUUAAGUCACCAGAGGGUAAGGUCAACACAGAGGGACCUGAAGUCAAAGGAGGGAAGUUUCAUAUGCCUAAAAUUGACAUUUCACUACCAAAAGUAAAAGCGGAAGGUGACAUCAAAGUUGAAGGAGAUUCUGACAUUUCCCUUCCAAAAAUGAAGUCACCAGAAGCAGAUAUCCUUUUAGAAGGACCAGACCUCAAAGGAGGAAAGUUUCAUGUGCCAACAAUUGACCUUUCCCUUCCAAAAGGAAAGGGAGAAAUUGACACAGAAGAACAUUCUGGAAAAGGAGGCAAGUUCCAAAUGCCAGCAUUUGAUAUAUCACUUCCAAAAAUGAAGACACCAGAUGGUGAAGUCAGCCUAGAAGGCCCUGAAGUCAAAGGGGGGAUCAUUAAUAUGCCAACGAUGAACAUUUCUCUUCCAAAAGGAAAAAUGGAAGGAGAAGCUAAGGAACAUGCAAUCAAAGGGGACAAGUUUCACAUGCCCUCGGUUGACAUUUCCCUUCCAAAAAUGAAGUUGCCUGAAGGUGAAGUCAAAGUAGAAGGCCCCGAAGCCAAAGGGGGAAAGAUUGAAAUGCCAUCGACUGAUAUUUCACUUCCCAAAGGAAACAUGGAGGGAGAAAUUGACAUUGAAGAACAUUCUGGAAAAGGAGGACGAUUUCAUAUGCCUACAUUUAACGUUUCCCUUCCAAAAAGGAAGUCACUAGAAGAAUAUGUCAGUUUAGAAGGACCGAGUGUCAAAGGAGGGAAACUUCAUAUGCCCACAAUGGACUAUUCCCUUCCCAAGGGAAAGGGUGAGAUUGAAACUGAAGGACAUUCUGGAAAAGGAGGCAAGUUCCAAAUGACCAAGUUUGAUGUAUCGCUACCAAAAAUGAAGCUUCCAGAGGGGGACAUCAAACUAGAGGGACCGGAAGGCAAAGGCAGUAAAAUACGUAUGCCUAACAUUGAUAUUUCUCUUCCUGAAGGGAAAACUGAAAGAGAUAUUGAGGUUGAGGGGCAUGGUGGCAAAGGUGGGAAGUUUCACAUGCCCUCAAUUGACAUUUCUCUUCCAAAAAUGAAGUUGCCUGAAGGUGAAGUCAAAGUAGAAGGUCUAAAAGCCAAAGGGGGAAAGAUUGAAAUGCCAAAGAUUGAUAUUUCACUUCCAAAAGGAAAAACAGAUAGGGAAAUAGACAUUGAAGGACAUUCUGAGAAAAAAGGAAAGUUUCACAUGCCCUCAUUCGACAUGUCCUUACCAAAAAUGAAGUCAAAAGAUGGUGACAUUAAAUUAGAGGGUCCAGAAGUGAUAGGCAGUAAAAUACAUAUGCCUAAUAUUGACAUUUCUCUUCCAGAGGUGAAGGCAGAAAGUGAUAUUGAGGUUGAGGGGCAUGGUGGUAAAGGGAGAAAGUUUCACAUGCCCUCACUUGACAUUUCUCUUCCAAAAAUGAAGUUACCUGAGGGUGAAGUCAAAGUAGAAGGUCCCGAAGCCAAAGGUGGAAAGUUUGAAAUUCCAACAAUUGAUAUUUCACUUCCAAAAGGAAAAGCAGAGGGAGAAACUGACAUAGAAGGACAUUCUGGUAAAGGAGGAAAGUUUCAUACGCCCAAGUUUGAUGUAUCGCUACCAAAAAUGAAGCUCCCAGAGGGUGGCAUCAAACUAGAGGGACUGGAAGGCAAAGGCAGUAAAAUACAUAUGCCUAACAUUGAUAUUUCUCUUCCUGAAGGGAAAACUGAAAGAGAUAUUGAGGUUGAGGGGCAUGGUGGCAAAGGGGGGAAGUUUCACAUGCCCUCAAUUGACAUUUCCCUUCCAAAAAUGAAAUUGCCUGAAGGUGAAGUCAAAGUAGAAGGCCCUAAAGCCAAAGGGGGAAAGAUUGAAAUGCCAUCGACUGAUAUUUUACCACCCAAAGGAAAAAUGGAGGGGGAAAUUGACAUUGAAGGACAUUCUGGUAAAGGAGGACGAUUUCAUAUGCCAACAUUCAACGUUUCCCUUCCAAAAAUAAAGUCACCAGAACCAGAUGUCAGUUUCGAAAGACCAGACCUCAAAGGAGAAAAGUUUCAUAUGCCAAAAAUGGACUCUUCCCUUCCCAAGAGAAAGGGUGAGAUUGACACUGAAGGACAUUCUGGAAUAGGAGGCAAGUUCCAAAUGCCAGCAUUGGAUAUAUCACUUCCAAAAAUGAAGACACCAGAAGCGGAAGUCAGCCUAGAAGGCCCUGAGGUGAAAGGUGGAAAGUUUGAAAUGCCAAAGAUUGAUAUUUCACUUCCAAAAGGAAAAACAGAAAGGGAAAUAGACAUUGAAGGACAUUCUGAGAAAAAAGGAAAGUUUCACAUGCCCUCAUUCGACAUGUCCUUACCAAAAAUGAAGUCAAAAGAUGGUGACAUUAAAUUAGAGGGUCCAGAAGUGAAAGGCAGUAAAAUACAUAUGACUAAUAUUGACAUUUCUCUUCCAGAGGUGAAGGCAGAAAGUGAUAUUGAGGUUGAGGGGCAUGGUGGUAAAGGGAGAAAGUUUCACAUGCCCUCACUUGACAUUUCUCUUCCAAAAAUGAAGUUACCUGAGGGUGAAGUCAAAGUAGAAGGUCCCAAAGCCAAAGGUGGAAAGUUUGAAAUUCCAACAAUUGAUAUUUCACUUCCAAAAGGAAAAGCAGAGGGAGAAACUGACAUAGAAGGACAUUCUGGAAAAGGAGGAAAGUUUCAUACGCCCAAGUUUGAUGUAUCGCUACCAAAAAUGAAGCUCCCAGAGGGUGGCAUCAAACUAGAGGGACUGGAAGGCAAAGGCAGUAAAAUACAUAUGCCUAACAUUGAUAUAUCUCCUCCCAAAGGGAAAACUGAAAGAGAUAUUGAGGUUGAGGGGCAUGGUGGCAAAAGGGGGAAGUUUCACAUGCCCUCAAUUGACAUUUCCCUUCCAAAAAUGAAGUUGCCUGAAGGUGAAGUCAAAGUAGAAGGUCCAAAAGCCAAAGGGGGAAAGAUUGAAAUGCCAAAGAUUGAUAUUUCACUUCCAAAAGGAAAAACAGAAGGGGAAAUAGACAUUGAAGGACAUUCUGAGAAAAAAGGAAAGUUUCACAUGCCCUCAUUCGACAUGUCCUUACCAAACAUGAAGUCAAAAGAUGGUGACAUUAAAUUAGAGGGUCCAGAAGUGAAAGGCAGUAAAGUACAUAUGCCUAAUAUUGACAUUUCUCUUCCAGAGGUGAAGGCAGAAAGUGAUAUUGAGGUUGAGGGGCAUGGUGGUAAAGGGAGAAAGUUUCACAUGCCCUCACUUGACAUUUCUCUUCCAAAAAUGAAGUUGCCUGAGGGUGAAGUUAAGUUAGAAGGCCUUGAAGCCAAAGGUGGAAAGUUUGAAAUGCCAAAGAUUGAUAUUCCACUCCCAAAAGGAAAAGCAGAGGGAGAAACUGACAUAGAAGGACAUUCUGGUAAAGGAGGAAAGUUUCAAAUGCCCAAGUUUGAUGUAUCACUACCAAAGAUGAAGCACCCAGAGGGUGAUGUCAAAGAAGGCCUUGAAGUCAAAGGUGGGAAGUUUGAAAUGCCCAAAAUUGAAGCAGAGGGUAGGAGUGGAGUCAAGUUACCAACUGUUAAACUGCCAACGGUAGACAUAUCUGCACCGAAGGUUGACUUAGACUUUGGGUUGUCAAAAGCUAAAGGAGAUGAUAGGGAAGAGAUGGAGCUACUAAAAGCAGAGGGUGGUAGGCCAUCCUCUGGGUCAAGUUUUGACAUGCCAGAUGUCUCUCUCAAAAUGCCAAGAUUUUCUCUCCCUAAAUUUGGUAGAAAGUCUAGUGGAAAUGUAAACCUAGAAGGAUAUGGCACAGAGGACAAUGUUGAUGUUAGCCCCCCACGAGUGGAUGGUGAGGGCAGACCAGCAUCAGUGGAAAUAGGCGGAGAUGGAAAAAUAAAAGGUAAACUAAGGAAGCCCAAAAUGAAAAUGCCAACUUUUGGAAUAUCUAAGAAAGAUGUGUCAAUAGCCAGCCCUGAUGUGGAAAUCAAGACAGAAAAGGGGAAAGUUGACAUUCCAACGCCAGGGAUCAGUGUAGAAAAUCCAGCAGACAAAACAAAUAGAAAAUAUAGACUAAAAUUCCCAAAGUUUAAGAAGUCAUCCCCUAAAGGUAAACUACCAGAGGGAGAGAUAGAUGCCUCAUUGGAUAGUGGAAUGGAAGGGAAAGCUGGCUUUCAUGCACCUGAUGUUACAAUCAAAAUGCCCAAGUUCUCCAUGCCAGGGUUUGGCUCAAAGGAGACAGACUUUGACAGGAGUGGGCAAAGUGCUGAACUAGAAGCUAAAGGAAAGGUUAAAAUGCCAUCAGUGGAGAUAUCCUUGCCAGCUGCCAAGACAUCUGAGCAAGAAAUGUUAAUCCCAGAUGUAUCUGAGGCUGACAUCAGUGGUUAUGAAGGAAACCUGAAAAUCCCUAAAAUGCCAACUAUUGAUGUAUCAGCCCCCCAUAUUGAUCUUGAUGUAACUCUGCCUAAAGUCAAGCAUGAAACAAACAUUGACGGGGAGGGAGGCAAAUUUAAAAUGGCAAACAUCAAAAUGCCUGAUAUAGAUUUAUCACGUCCUAUAGGAAAAACUGGUGACAUUGAUGCAUCCAAAGUGAAACUUGAGGGAGGGGGUGGAAAAUUCAAGAUGCCUGGCAUUAAAAUGCCAAAGGUAGACAUAUCACUUCCAAAAGUAAAACAUGGAGAAAUUGAUGUAUCCACGGUGGAAAUUGAAGGAGAAUGUGGAAAAUUCAAGAAGCCACAUAUGGAAAUGCCAAAUUUUGAUAUAUCACUUUCCAAGGGAAUAAGUGGAGGGAUUGAAGCGCCAAAGAUGGAAAUUGAAGGAGGGGGCGGAAAUUUCAAAAUGCCACAUAUGAAAAUGCCAAAGGUAGACUUUUCACUUCCGAAGGGAAACCAUGGAGACAUCAGUGCACCAGAAAUGGAAGGAGAAGGUGGGAAAUUCAAGAUGCCACAUAUGAAAAUGCCAAAUAUUGCUAUAUCACUUCCCAAAGGAAGAAGUGGAGGGAUUGAAGGACCAGACAUGGAAAUUCCGGGAGGGGGAGGAAAAUUGAAGAUGCCACAUAUGAAAAUACCAAAGGUAGACUUAUCAAUUCCGAAGGAAAAGUCUGGAGACAUCAGUGCACCAGAAAUUGAAAUGGAAGGAGAAGGAGGAACAUUCAAGAUGAAAAUGCCAAAUAUUGAUAUAUCACUUCCAAAAGGAAAAACUGGAGACAUUGAAGGACCAGGGAUGGAAAUUGAAGGAGGGGGUGGAAAAUUCAAGAUGCCACAUAUGAAAAUGCCAAAUGUUGAUAUAUCACUUCCAAAAGGAAAAAGUGUAGAAAUUGAAGGACCAGGGAUGGAAAUUGAAGGAGGGGGUGGAAAAUUCAAGAUGCCACAUAUGAAAAUGCCAAAUGUUGAUAUAUCACUUCCAAAAGGAAAAACUGGUGAUAUUAAUGAACCUAAUUUGGAAAUUGAGGGACAAGGAAGAAAAUUCAAGAUGCCACAUAUGAAAAUGCCAAAUAUUGAUAUAUCACUUCCAAAAGGAAAAACUGGAGACAUUGAAGGACCAGAAAUGGAAAUUCAUGGAGAGGGAAGAAAAUUCAAGAUGCCACAAAUGCAAAUGCCAAAGGUAGACUUAUCACUUCUGAAGGGAAAGUCUGGAGACAUCAGUGCACCAGAAAUGGAAAUGGAAGAACGAAAAUUCAAGAUGCCACAUAUGAAAAUGCCAAAUGUUGAUAUAUCACUUCCAAAAGGAAAAAGUGUAGAAAUUGAAGGACCAGGGAUGGAAAUUGAAGGAGGGGGUGGAAGAUUUAAGAUGCCACAUAUGACAACACCAAAUAUUGGUAUAUCACUUCCAAAAGGAAAAUCUGGGGAAAUUAGUGCACCAGAAAUGGAAAUGGAAGGAGGAGGAAAAUUCAAGAUGCCACAUAUGAAAAUGCCAAACAUUGAUAUAUCACUUCCCAAAGGAAAAGGUGGAGAAAUUGAAGGACCAGAGAUGGACAUUGAAGGAGAGGGUGGGAAAUUCAAGAUGCCACAUAUGAAAAUGCCAAACAUUGAUAUAUCACUUCCCAAAGGAAAAGGUGGAGAAAUUGAAGGACCAGAGAUGGACAUUGAAGGAGAGGGUGGGAAAUUCAAGAUGCCACAUAUGAAAAUACCAAAUAUUGGUAUAUCACUUCCAAAAGGAAAAACUGGAGACAUUGAAGGACCAGAAAUGGAAAUUCAUGGAGAGGGAGGAAAAUUCACGAUGCCACAUAUUAAAAUGCCAAAUAUUGGUAUAUCACUUCCAAAAGGAAAAACUGGUGUUGGUGUUGUUCAUGAACCUAAUUUGGAAAUUGAGGGAAAUGGAGGAAAAUUCAAGAUGCCACAUAUGAACAUGCCAAAGGUAGACUUAUCACUUAUGAAGGGAAAGUCUGGAGAAAUCAGUGCACCAGAAAUGGAAAUGGAAGGAGGUGGAAAAUUCAAGAUACCAUAUAUGAAAAUGCCAAAUGUUGAUAUAUCACUUCCAAAAGGAAAAAGUGUAGAAAUUGAAGGACCAGAGAUGGAAAUUGAAGGAGGGGGUGGAAGAUUUAAGAUGCCACAUAUGAAAAUGCCAAAUGUUGAUAUAUCACUUCCAAAAGUAAAAUCUGGGGAAAUUAGAGCACCAGAAAUGGAAAUGGAAGGAGGAGGAAAAUUCAAGAUACCACAUAUGAAAAUGCCAAAUGUUGAUAUAUCACUUCCAAAAGUAAAAUCUGGGGAAAUUAGAGCACCAGAAAUGGAAAUGGAAGGAGGAGGAAAAUUCAAGAUACCACAUAUGAAAAUGCCAAACAUUGAUAUAUCACUUCCCAAAGGAAAAUGUGGAGAAUUUGAAGGACCAGAAAUGGAAAUUCGUGGAGAGGGAGGAAAAUUCAAGAUGCCACAUACGACAACACCAAAUAUUGGUAUAUCACUUCCAAAAGGAAAAACUGGAGACAUUGAAGGACCAGAAAUGGAAAUUCAUGGAGGGGGAGGAAAAUUCAAGAUGCCACAAAUUCAAAUGCCAAAGGUAGACUUAUCACUUCUGAAGGGAAAGUCUGGAGACAUCAGUGCACCAGAAAUGGAAAUGGAAGGACGAAAAUUCAAGAUGCCACAUAUGAAAAUGCCAAAUGUUGAUAUAUCACUUACCAAAGGAAAAACUGAACCUAAUUUGGAAAUUGAGGGAGAUGGAGGAAAAUUCAAGAUGCCACAUAUGAAAAUACCAAACAUUGAUAUAUCACUUCCUAAAGGACAAGGUGGAGAAAUUGAAGGACCAGAGAUGGACAUUGAAGGAGAGGGUGGGAAAUUCAAGAUGCCACAUAUGAAAAUACCAAAUAUUGGUAUAUCACUUCCAAAAGGAAAAACUGGAGACAUUGAAGGACCAGAAAUGGAAAUUCAUGGAGAGGGAGGAAAAUUCACGAUGCCACAUAUUAAAAUGCCAAAUAUUGGUAUAUCACUUCCAAAAGGAAAAACUGGUGUUGUUAAUGAACCUAAUUUGGAAAUUGAGGGAAAUGAAGGACAAUUCAAGAUGCCACAUAUGAGAAUGCCAAAGGUAGACUUAUCACUUAUGAAGGGAAAGUCUGGAGAAAUCAGUGCACCAGAAAUGGAAAUGGAAGGAGGUGGAAAAUUCAAGAUACCAUAUAUGAAAAUGCCAAAUGUUGAUAUUUCACUUCCCAAAGGAAAAACUGGAGAGAUUAAAGAACCAGAGAUGGAAAUUCAGGCAGAGGGAGGAAAAUUCAAAAUGCCAAAGGUAGAUAUAUCCUUUCCGAAAGGAAAGUUUGGAGAAAUUACAGCACCAGAAAUGGAAGUCGAAGGCGGAAAAUUUGAGAUGCCACAUGUGAAAAUGCCAAAGGUAGACAUGUCACUUCCAAAAGGAAGAAGUGUAGAUGUUAAUGCACCUGAAUUGGAAAUUGAAGGUGAGGGUGGAAGAUAUAAGAUGCCAGAAAUCAAACUGCCAAAGAUAGAUAUUACAUUGCCAAAGGGAAAAUCUGCUGACAUUAAUGCUGAAGUCAAACAGCCCAACGCUGAGGCAGCAGCAAAGAUUCAAAUGCCUUCGAUUGGCUUACCAAAGUUUACAACUCCCGACCUUGAUUUGGACAUGAAUGUUGGAAAACCCAACCAUGGAGCUGAGGUUCAUGAGAAGAGUUCAGACAAAACUGGUUCCCAUUCAAAGGGAGACCAUAAGAUGAAAAUCAAAAUGCCAACAAUAGACAUAGAGUGCCCAAAAGGAGAUCUGGAGCUGGAUAUAGGCUUCCACAAAGUUGAGGGAAAGAAAGACAGAAAAAUAAUAGAGUUGCCUGACUUAGACCUUAAAACUUCUGGUACCAAAGUUAAGGGGCCAAAAGUCAAAGGCACCAAAUUCAAAAUUGGAAUGCCAAAAAUGAAGAACACUGGAGAUCAAGCAUUAGAUGCAGCCACAAAGAAGACUGAGAAAGAGAAUGAAGGGGUCAGUGGUAGAUUUAUGAUUAAUCGGACAAAGCUUGGCAAAGGUGCAGAUGUGGAUGCAGAUGCGGAGGCAGAUGCGGAGGCAGAUGCGGAGGCAGGUGGUUCUGUGUUGCCAAACAUCUUCCUCCCAGAUGUGGGCUUCUCAGUAUCCAAAGGAGCCAGCCAAGAGGGUGAACCUCAUGGUCCAGAGAUUAGUGCCAAAUUGCCAAAAUCCAAACUCCCUAAUGUGGAGAUCUCAGGUCCUUCAGUAGCAGGCCAAGGAGGAGCACAGAUCAACAGCGGACAACAAGAAGACAAAGGUGGUAUCAAGUUUCAAAUGCCUGUGGGGCUGAAGAGUAAACAAGGCCCUGCCGAGUCCACUGGCACAGAUGCCAGCACCGAGAAUGGAUUCACAUUACCUCAUCUUGGAAUCAAAUCCCCCAAAAUACCAGAUACAGACUUUGAUAUUGGAGCAUCUCAAACUGGGGACCAUGGGGCAGAUACAAGUACGAGACAAAAAAUGAAAAUACCCAAGUUUGGGGUGGCUUUACCUGCUAUUUCUUCACCUGGAGCUAGAGUACAUUUGAAGGACCCAGAGGUUGAGUGUGAAGGCCCUAAAAUGCCCAAAGUUAAAAAAGCUGUAUUUGUUUUGGUGAAUCCCCAAACAGACCACUCCACUAUGUCCACCAGUGUAGAGUCUGGAGAGGCAAAAAUCAAAUUGCCAAAGAUCAAAAUGAAGCCAUCGUUUGGAAAGUCAGAAUCCAAUGAAAACAGUGCUGCUUUGAGCAUUGAAGGAGAUGUGGAUGGAGAUGACAAGUCAAAGGGAGCAAAGCUAAAAAUGCCCAAAGUUACCUUCUCUCCAGGCAAAACAGGUUCAUUUGAUGUAACCCUAAAAGGUGAGGGGUCUAGUUCCAGCCUCAAUGGUGAGAAAGAUCCAACAUUCCAGAAUGGAUCCAAGGAGGAUAAAGUUAAGUUAGGGAAGCUCAAGCUUCCAAAGAUAGAGUUCUCCUCGCCAUAUUCAAUAAUAGGCAGUGGAGAAGAGGACCUUGAAAUGAGUGCUAAGCUUGUCAAUGAGUCCUCAGGAACUGACGGAGAAACCAAGGGGACGAAAGUGAAAUUAGGCAAAAUGUCCUUCCCAGGAUUUAAGAAGACAGCAAAAGGAGAGGAGGAAACUCAAGACAAUGUGGUGUCCUUAUCGGCCAGGACAGAAAUGCUAGAUCGGGAUAGUUCAGAAUCCCAAACGCCCAUGGUCUCCAUUGGUUUUGUACCAGGGAAGUCUAGGGGGCAGGCAGUGGCUGAGAGCAGCAAAAAGGAGAUGGAAGAAGGAGAGCAGUCAACCUGGUUCAAGGCCCCCAAAUUCAACCUGAAACCCCAUUCGACAGGAAUCCUCCACAUUACACCAGAAGGUUCUCCCCAGGGUAGCAGAUCCUCGCUCCAGUACCAGGGUUUAGAUGAAACUGCUGGUACCUUCCGGCUCCAGAUGCCAAGCAUGCGGUUCUCCACCCACGAGGUGUCUGAGGAGAAUGUUACUACAACAAAGAAGGGAACAGUAACCGUGGUGACAAAGACAACAAAACAUACGGUAACAGAGUCCAGAACUGGUCAAACCCACACAUCGCUAUCCCAUUGUAAUGACUAAAGUCUGAAGAGAUGUGAGAGUAAUAGAUUUUUCCUCUGUGCUGUUGUGACGACUGUUUUUGUGAUUGUUCCGCCACGUUUUUUUCCCCUUCUAUUUUAGUCUUUAUCAUAUUUGAUGGUUUUACUGGUUUAAAUCUGAAUAUCAAUUAAUUAUGUAUUGUUGUUCAUAUAUUUUUUGGGGGGGGGGCAAAAAUACCACACAUUUUAAUUUCCAAAAGGAAAUGUCUUUUUUCAAUGCCUUCCCAUUUUAUUUACCGACAUUUACCUGGGCAUGAUUGUAGAAUUAGACUGACAAAGAACACAAACCAAUUUAUCAAAGGCAAUUUGUAUGUAAAUACAAAAACAUCAUUAUUUUCAUAUUACCGAUGAUAGGAAUAGUAACAAGGACAUUAGUGAUUUGUGUUAAUGUAUCUGAGGCUUGAGGAUGGUGUGAGAUUUGUGGUUUAAUUAUUUACUUCCUUAAGCUUGUUUUUUCUUUCUGAUAUUUUAAGAUUUUUGUAAUGAUACCAUACAUUGAAAUUAAAGGCUUCUACAGUGCAAUACAUUUCAACACUCUCUAUGAGAAUCAAGAUAAAAUAAUAGGAAACUAUCAUCUGAUAUUAAGGUUAAUGGUUUAAAGAAACAGAACAUGUACUCUCUUUAAUUGAAAUAUUUCAAAAUGAAUGCAAAACAAUGUCUCAAUGUCUCCAUUGAGACAGUUUAUUGUUCCUUUUCUUUUUUGGUGAGUUAGAAAGUAGAAAUUUAAUGUGUGUGCUAAACUGCAUUGAACGAGUCUCAGCAAUCCUCUGUCAAACAAGUUUACAAGUUUUCAUUAACCAGAUUUAACAUCUGUUGGAGCAAAUAACCAUAUAUAAAUAAUCAUAUAGAAUGGUACAUGACAAGGAGAGAACAUGACCAGAUAACACAGUAUUUAUAUGUAUAGAGACAUUUUUACAAAUACCUUUGUGAUUAGCAUGUUUUCAGUGCAUAUGGCUUCACAAUAUGCAGUUUUCAAAGCAAAGUGUUAUCAAGUGGCAUUAUAAAUAAUGUUGUUAAGAGAUCAUAUUAUUAAUAAACCUUAAUAUUCCUAAGAAAAAUAAAAAA